AUGGGAGGCCUCUUGCUGUUGUUUUCUGUGCAGACUUUACCACCAAUAUCACUGCUGAAUUCUGGCUGGCCCCAUCAAGCAAAGAGGCUGGCCUCUCCAGAGCUGAAUCCACCAGUCAACUCAGACAGCGACCUAGACCUCAUGCCCAAGGAGGACCCUGAGGAGACCUCUGCUCAGGAGCGCUACUGCCUGGCCCUUGGGGAGGAGGAGCUGGCUGAGCUGCGGCUCUUCUGUGCCCAACGGAGGCGGGAGGCCCUGGGACAGGGGGUGGCCCGCCUGGUACCUCUCAAACUUGAAGAAUGCACCUGUGAAAAUUGCAGGGAGCCGCUGAGGCCAGGGGAGUACGGAGUGUUCACAGCUCGGGCAGGAGAGCGGCGCUGCUGGCACCGGGCUUGCUUUGCCUGCCAGGCCUGUGGCCAGGCCCUGAUCAACCUCAUCUACUUCUACCACGAUGGGCGUCUUUACUGUGGCCGUCAUCAUGCAGAGCUGUUGCGGCCGCGCUGCCCGGCUUGUGACCAGCUGAUUUUCUCCCAGCGCUGCACCGAGGCCGAGGGACAGCGCUGGCACGAAAAUCACUUCUGCUGCCAGGACUGCGCCGGGCCCUUGGGCGGGGGACGUUAUGCCCUGCCGGGGGGCGGCCCCUGCUGCCCCAGCUGCUUUGAGCGUCGCUAUUCGGAUGCGGGUUCGAGUCCGGCCCCGACACUGGAAAGCAGGGCGUCCCCGGGAGAGGAGGGGCUCUGCAGAGUUGGAGACCGGGACUGCGCCCAGCCGAAUGCUGCGACCAUCUCCCGGGCAACCCUUCUCGCCACUGCCGUCAGCUCUAGUCUGGAAACCCGGAGCGGGAUUCUUGGAUCCAGCGCAGAGCAGGAGUAUCGAACUGGAGACCAGACGGAGGCACGCCAAGGGCAAGCGCAGGGCCGCCUAGAGACGCCCCUUGAUCCCAAGGAGGACGCUCCCUGCCCCACCUGCUCCUCUUCCUCUGAAUCGGAACCCGAAGGCUUUUUCUUAGGCCAUCGCCUUCCCCGGCCCUGGGAGACCCCGGCCCCUCUCCGAACUGGGGACAGAGACACCUCCAGGAGGCACUGUACCAUUUGCUAGUGGCGCAGCCUGGAGAAAGGGGAAUAGGGGGGUUGUGAUAUGUAAGGCGAGAGAGCGAGGCUCUCUUACCCCUCUAAGUCCUAGACUGAAUGCCAUCAGGACCACGUCUGGGGAGGGGCGGCGAGAUGACAGGUUUGACUGCCUCCUUUCAGCCCGCGCACUUUAUGACUUCAUGGAGACUUGGAGAAGCCCAUUCCUCAAAGCUACGCAUCCCCUGCUGAGUGCCCCUGCCCCACCCCCACAGGCCGAGCGGCCCCAUCCCCAGCGUCCUCCUCCCGAACCAAUGAAGCUGGACUGUGAGCCGGUGCGCCGGCCGAAGGCCAGGACGGAGCUGGAGGUGGAACCCGACCAGGGAGACUGGAGCGCGGCGGCGCUCCACCCCUGGCCGAGGUGGCGGACGCGCACCCGGGAAGUUCUGCAGGCGCCUGUCGAUGU